CCGCUGGGGCGCCCUCUGGCGCCUCCGCCGCGCGGCUCCCUCCCGCCCCGGCUCGCGCUGGGCCUCGCGACCCGGCCAUGGCGGCGGCGGCGGCGGCGGCGGGAGCGGAGGAGCCGGUGGUGUCCCUGGCGGAGGUGCUGGCGGAGAACGAGGAGCUGGAGAAGGAGGCGCGGGCCGUGCUGGGGGGCAGCGACCACGAGCGCUGCAGCUACUCGCAGGGCGCCGUGAAGCGGCAGGCGCUCUACGCCUGCAGCACCUGCACGCCGGCCGGGGCGGAGCCGGCGGGGAUCUGCCUGGCCUGCAGCUACGAGUGCCACGGCUCGCACCGCCUCUUCGAGCUCUACACCAAGAGGAACUUCCGCUGUGACUGUGGAAAUAGCAAGUUCAAAAAUCUGCAGUGCAAGUUACUCCCGGAAAAGAGCAAGGUGAAUUCAGGAAAUAAGUAUAAUGACAAUUUCUAUGGAUUGUACUGUACUUGUAAAAGACCAUAUCCAGAUCCUGAAGAUGAGAUUCCAGAUGAGAUGAUCCAAUGCAUAGUUUGUGAAGACUGGUUCCAUGGAAGGCAUCUGGGUGCAGUUCCCCCUGACAGCGGAGACUUCCACGAAAUGGUGUGCCAAGCCUGCAUGAGCCGCUGCCAUUUCCUGUGGGCCUACGCGUCGCAAUUGGCAGUUCCUGCUUUGACCAAAGUGAACUCUCUCGAAGAUGAAGGGAUUGUCCUGAACGUUGAGGAAAGUGAAGAGCAGAAAAAAGAAAUUAAAAAAGAAAGUGCAGUGGAACACCAAGAAACAAAGGAGGAAAAGCAAAUGGAACAGUUUAAUGAACCAUCCACUAGCUCUGGAUCUGCUUGUCCAGAGGUAGUUACUAAGAGUGAGGAGCCAGUCUGCAAGCUGAAAGAACUCCAAAGCAAGCAAUAUUUAAAAAAAGAUACUGCCACCUUUUGGCCAUCAAACUGGAGAAGCAAAUUAUGCACCUGUGAAGACUGUUUGAAAAUGUACUCAGAACUUGAAGUCCAGUUCCUGACAGAUGAAUGUGACACUGUUUUGGCUUACGAAAAUAAAGGUACCAGUGACCAAGAAACAGAGAGAAGAGAUCCUUUAAUGGACACCCUUAACAGCAUGGACAGAGUCCAGCAAGUGGAACUCAUCUGUGAAUACAAUGAUUUAAAGACAGAACUGACAGACUAUCUCAGGAGAUUUGCAGAUGAGGGAACGGUGGUUAAAAGAGAAGACAUUCAGCACUUCUUUGAAGAAUUUCAGUCACGGAAAAGACGGCGGACGAACAGGAUGCAGUACUACUGUAGCUAGACUGAGAGGGCCUGGGUCUGAAAGGAGAACUAAGAAAACAGUAUUGGUUGGUGAACUGAGGAGGCAUCUUCAUUAUUUGGCUUCUCAUGGAAAUGCAGCUGUCCAAGAAACGUCUUCAUUUUGUCUCAUGCUUCCUUAUUUGUAGCGACUGAAAUGCAUUCUUAAUAGGUACAUUGGAUUUGUAGGGAUUUCAGAACAGAUGGGCCUCACAUGCUGUGAGAGCUGGCCUUGUCUCCUGGGGGAAGAGGGCUUGUCACAAGAAGUGUGCUGCUGUGUAUUUCUUUUAGCCUUUCACUCACUUUCCAGUCAGUGCCUAAUGCUGGAGCAGAGCAGGUGGGCUCUGCUGUUCCCCCUCCUGUGCAGGGCUGAAGGGCCUUGCUUGCCUGCUGCAAAUGGCUCUGGACCACCUCUGGGGUGUAGUGAUGACAGCCAAGGCUCCCUGCACUAAGUGUCUACUUACUACACAGGGGGAGGCACAGCUCCUGGAAGGGUAGAGCAGGCAGGUGUCGUGGUCUGGGCUGUAGGGUGCAGUUGCAUUCUAACGUGUGUCACAUCAGGUGAGCUAAGCAGCACUGACCUGCACACUCGCUCUUCACUGUGGAAGUGCUCCCUAGGCAGGUGAACAAUGAGAAAUCAGAGGUUAGGCUUGAUGCAACAGAAUGGUCUGUUUUUAUAAAUUCAAACACUUUGUUUCUAAUACUGUACAAUGAUGUUUUACAUGCAAAAAAAAUUGUCACAUGGAAUUUACCCACUCACUAGAAUAUAAACAGUAUCUAGGAGGAGGUACUAAAUUACAAAUUAAGCAGGGGAGGGGGGUGAGGGGGGUUGUUAUAGGAUUUCUAAUGUGCUUUGAUUUUAAAACCUAGCCUACUGCAAGUUAUUCUCCUUUACAGAUAUUCCUGAAAACACUCUAGUAUCUGGGCACUUUUGCUACAGUAUAAAAUGUGUGAUCUUUUUAUAAUCACUGUGAUAAGAAUGGAACGGAUGUUUCACUGACUUUUAAGAACCUACACUUAGCUACAAUUAAGUAUUAACUUUUCGUAAGUUUGGAGCCUAAUGUAGUUUUUAGUUUUCUUUACCCAUAAGCCCCCAAACAUACCUAGAGUUCCAAUUUUUAACUCCUGCUUUAUGUAGUCAGGAUUUCUUUACCAUGAGGUACUACCCACUUCCAUGUUCAUGACCUUUGAGCAGAAAACCAGACCUUUACCUAUCAUUCUCCUUGCUGUUUCUCACCACUUUAUUUACAAAAGCUAGCUCUAGCAUAGAGGCUCAGAUCAUUGGUUUGUUUCAUGUAAAAUGACUAGUUGCUUUUGAAUUUAACUCUGGGUAUUGUAUGUGCUUUUUUUUUUGUAGCAACUGUUACAGGAAUUGUAACUGCAUAGCUAACUACACUAUCUAAAAAUUAAAGAACUCUUCAGUCUG